CUACAACAAAUAACGCCUCUCACUGCAUGGAAAAGAGAGAAUAAUACAGGCCCUGAUUUAUUCCCACGACUGUAUUUUGUUUGACUGAAUGAUCUAGCCAGCGCAACUUUAUUUUGUAGAGUCUCAGGUGAAAAAGUUGGUGGAAGAAGCAGCACCGACGAUCACACUAGGCGAACAAAAGCUUCACCACGAAGGCGUAAGGGGAGGUUGAAAACUCCGAAAGCGCAGCCGCCUUAGUGAAACUCCUCGCAUACGAUGAGUGAAUGCUGUAUAAUGAUUCAUCACAAUAUAGGAUCGAGAAGCAAUAUAAGAACAAAAAGACCUAGAGAACAAUCUGCGGCAACUUCAGGACCGAGACUAGCUGUUGGAAUGGAGGUUGCAAGCGACACAAAUAAUAACAAAAWUACCAGUGAAGGAGAAGAUACGAUGGAAAUCGAAUCCUGUCCAAAUCACGCAACCGAYGGAGAACAAGCAUCUGAAGCGAGCCMCAACGUGAGGUAUAAUAACAUGAACUCUCACAAAGAAGUUACGGAUGAAAGUGGCGAAAGUGAAGAUACGGAAAAGGGAAAGUUCUCCAAUGAUGGCUGUUCAUCAGAAGGAAACCAGAAUAUUCGUGAACCGCAGCAUCAGCAAGAUGGUCAAAAAUUGAAAGCAGCAAAYGGGCAACAGCAAGGCCAUAGGGCUGCGAAUGAAAUGAAAGAUUGUGCAGAAGAAGUAACAAGAAAGCGAGUUGGGAAGGCAUUGGAGGGCGACCAACAGUGUUCUGAAUCAGACAUUCAAAGCCUAAGGCUUCCUCAACAYGAAMGAAUACAGCRCGUGGAACCGUUGGAUAUCAAUUAUCGAUCUACACCGGCUUCGUUAAAACUACGGGAGGUUCUCAUUUCGCGGCUGAAACUUAUUCUUCCKACUGGACGUAUACAAGUUGUAAGUCAUUUGUGCCGCAACAUCAUCAUUGGUGUGUUGUAGUAGUUCUUUGAAUUGUACACGCGAGUGGUUGUGAUGAAUCAAAUAAAAUGGUAUUCGUUUUGUGCUUACACAUAUUUUUUUGCAGAUCGAUCUUUCUAGACGAGGACUUCUACAGGAUGACGCAGAACUGAUAAGCAAUGCCCUUCGAUGUAACCCGCAGAUUGCAGUSUUAAAACUAGGAUACAACAAUUUUGGGGAUAGAGGAGCUAGUAUGAUUGCCUCUGGAUGCGCGAAAGAAAGGAAGCACCAUCAAAAUUUAACUGUCUUGGACCUAGGAUUUAAUAAUAUUGGCGAUGCCGGAUGCACAUCUCUCAGCAUGCACAUGGUAGCAGGAAAUCAUACAUUGMGAAAUCUUUUCUUAUCAGGUAAUCACAUAAAGAAUAAGGGUGCGGUGGCAMUUGCGAGUGCAAUUCUUCAUGGUUGCAGUCUAUCACGGCUCCAUCUUUCAAACAACAAUMUAGGUGAAGAAGGCAUUAAUGUMCUCGUUCAGUCAAUCGCAGAAGCAGAGAAAAGAGUCCAACAACUUCUUCACAGACAAGGUGGUAUCAAGAUCGGUUACAACAUUAAACCAGUUACUAUUGAAGAAUUCAAUAUAGACAAUGUUCUGAUGUCGUCWAAAUGCUUCGAAACACUGUCUAACAUGGURGUGGCGAAUUCCAAUCUGAAGAACAUAUCUUUGUCAAACAACAAUCUUGAUGACUCCGACUUGUCGUUGCUAUCGAAAUCGCUYAGCCAAAAUAAGAACAUUCCAUUGACGUCGCUGAUUCUUUCAUUCAACAAAAUCACRUGUGUUGGUGUCGAAUGUUUGAUGAAUGCAGUAUGGGGUUCGUCGACCCUCAAAGAAAUCAAACUURACAGCAAUUUGAUGCAAGAUCGCGGCGCCCAGCUUUGUUCAGUUGUCCUUGGUUCCAUACGGUUGGAAUUACUYGAUAUUAGUUUCAACAGAAUAUCGACUAUUGGAGUGAAGGCUAUCAUGAAAAGUCUUUCAGAAAAUACAUCCCUGAAAUGUCUGGCACUUUGUGGUGUUCCCAUGGAUCAAAAUGCAUCGAAGGCAGUAUCAUAUGCUCUUGCAUAUAAUCAAUCACUACAACGAUUCAAUAUCGAUAGCUGUAGUGUUGGGUAYUCGGGACAGCGUCACAUCGUAGCCGGUAUCGUUUCUAAUCGAUAUACAAAGUUGCAAAGGUUAACGGGAUUUCCCCUUGCYCGUAAGUUCGCCAACGAUGUUUUUAUCAGAGUCUGUACGUUUUCAACCCKCAACUCACGAUGCUAUAUUUAUCGAUAAUUUUUUGAUUGUACUAGCAAUCAUAAUGACGUUAGGUUUGCCGCAGCUCCCUGAGGAAUGGGGAAAUGAUCGGGUUUUGAGUUUUGUCAGAUUUAUGUGGACCCACUGGAAAUUAACGAAAACUGUUGAGCCAACAAAAGAGAUAGAUGAGGAAAAUGAUCUUUCAAGAGGACCCGCGCCUCCCUCAAUGGUAGCUUCUUCGGCAAAACGCGCAUUUGGAUCUCUGAGCAAAUCAGAGGAGUCCAGGAUUGCAUUUCAGAACGAACUUCAAAAUCAAAUUGAUGACAACCCAAUUGUAUCACCCGAUACCUCGGUCCUUGUAAGAUCGUUGUCAGGAAACAAUUUGCAAGUACCAUCGUGGGAACGGCAGCCGAGUCCGACCCAAGAAAAUGUGGAGAUCGAAGGUGAAGUUGAACGCUCAGAGGAAUGCUGGUCAUCCGAGAUGGAAUCACUUGAUCAAUCUUCCUACACAGGAUCAUCAACAUUGAGCUUCCAAACUGCAGCCGCAAUUGAAUAUGAGCGACGGCACAAGAAUUUAACAUGGUUGCGAUCCCAUUUACAAACUCUAAACGAUAUYGGUAAUCUUCCUUUCGACGAUGGGGACUUGUGGCAACUCCACCAGUACUAUUUUUCACCUGCUWACAACGGAGAUGACAAUGCAACAUUAGAUAUGACCGAAAGCAUCGAGGACCACGAGGAAAACGGAAUAAAGGAGCAGGCUCCAGCACCUGCUGAGUUAGAGAGCUCCAACAUGGGUCGUGCCCAAUCAUUUCGAGCCCUUGAAAACGCUGUUUCAGAGGUGAAUUCACCAGUUCAACGGCCGAACAAAAGAAGUUCGUUGGGAGAAGAGUURAAAUUUGACCAAGGCAAUGCGAAACGUGCAAAGAACUCUAGGCCAAGAAUUGCUUACUACCCACGUGUGAAAGAAAGACUUGAAUCGAAACCAUCUUCGAARACACUCAGCUUGCUAAGGCAACUAAAAUACAUCGAGAAUGCAAUGCUUGAAGGAAGAAACGUUUAUUCCUUUAGAGACCAAGAAGAWGAAAAUUUUCCAACCACAACAGACGUUGAAAUGGUUCUCCUUGACCUGCUAUAAAAUUUAUGAACAACCUGGAUGCUUUUGAAUACGACUMUUUUACUAMGUUUUUAACAGAUGUUGAGURCACAGAUAUGAAAAGCURCUUUUUCGGAUUGAUUUUGCCAGGAGAGGAAUGCGCAAUCGAUGAUAAAAAAAUAAUACUACCGGUACUAAUAAAAGAGAUAAUUUUUC